UAAGAUUAAAAGGGGAAAAGUGCUUAUUUACGUUAACAAAUAUAAGAUACAUACAAAGGACAAGCAGGAGGUGAAAAAAAAACAUUCGUAGUGCUGCGUUUAUAUUAUUCCAGUUUGCUGUGUUCAUGGUUUUUAUAAUAUGUGCCAUUAGUGUAAUGUAUUUUUUUCCAUUUUUAAAAUAGGAAACUACCUUCUUCAUCCAACAGAUGGAGCCAUGUUUAGUUGGCCACUUAUUUCUGUUUCCUUUCCAACAGCUCACUCAGUUUUUAGCUUUAUGGUUCUUCUGUAGGGCUCACUAACAUAUUGCAUUUGCCUUUUCUGUAUUCCUUUAGUUGAGGUACAGUUUUGAAAGCUCUGCUCGAAAUAUGCCCCCACCUUACUGAGACUGAAGUUCAAUUGUAGAUGUCCAGGCUAAAGUAGCUUUUCCCUGUUUUCUCUCACCUCUUCAGGUUUGCUCCAGGAUGAACGUUAAAGAAAGGAUUAAGACCAUUCUGAAACGUUUUGAAAUUGGAAACAGUUUUUCUUACCAGUCAUCAAAGCAGAAAGCAUCAGUACUGAUUCCAUUGUUUGUGAAAAAUGGGGAACUACAUGUACUAAUGACUGUUCGGUCAUUCCAGCUAAACACCAGUGGUGGUGAAGUGUGCUUUCCAGGUGGGAAGUAUGAACCUAAGGACCACAAUGAGAUCGACACAGCACUGAGAGAGACUAGAGAGGAGAUAGGAUUGGUACCUGAUCAGGUCGAGGUUGUCUGCAGGCUUUUUCCAGUUAUGACAAAGAAAUUCAUUGUGACGCCCGUAGUGGCAUUCAUUGAGGAUUCUUUCCAGGUUCAGCCAAACCCUGAAGAAGUGAGCGAUGUCUUUACUGUUCCUUUGGACUACUUUAUAAAUCCAGCUCACCACUUUUCACUGGCCAUUCCUGGUUCACCUGGGAUCAUUCAUUUCUUUACCUACCUGGACACAGAGUCUGGCAAAUCAUAUGUAAUUUGGGGACUGACAGCAACAUGGGCUUUGCUUCUUGCAGUCUUAGCACUUGGAAGGAAGCCGGGGUUUGAAGUGGGCUUUGAUGUAAGCAACCCACUACCUCAAUUCCAGCACAAUCUAGAAACGAGGAGUAAGCUAUAAUCAUUUUCCAGGUUCCUCAAAAUCCACUUCAGAUCUACUAUAGGCUCUUGUGCUGUGGUCAUCAUUUUGCUUUAAGGGCUGGUAGGGGAUUCUCUCAGUUCUUAAUGGACUGAUAAUGUGUAAUAGGUUUCAGAUGCUUAAAUUGAAACUCGUUAGUAAAUAUUUCUUUGUAUUUUGGUGCACAAAAAUGUGAAGAUGAUCACAAGAUAGCAGUGAUACGUUUACAUAUCCUUCAAUGCAGUUUUAAUUUGUUAAAUAUCUGUUUUCUGGAAAUGGUUCUAGUAUUUUCAUUAUUUAUAAAAUGCAGGGCGUUUAUAAUCUAUUUGCAUUUUUUAUGGCUGGCACCCUAUACAGCUCUGUCAUUUCCAUCUUUAUUUGGCUGCACACUCAUACUUUGUGUUGAGAGUGCACAGGUGUAACUGAUCCAUUCCUGAUGCUAAUUUUCUACCCAUAAUUAAAUACGUGUGUAUGCAGCAGGCUGGAAAAUGGAGAGACUGUAUUCUCAGCCAGCUUGCCAGAGGACAACAAGGCGGUGACUAUCACCUGUAAUUGAGUGCACUGGGAGGUAAUUAGAAUAUUGGCCAUUAAAGGGAUAAUUAACCAUUUUACUUAAAGGUGCACAGUCUUGCACAGAUGCAAUGAGUAACGUUCGGAGAUAUUAGGAGCCUCACAUCAUUAAUUGGGCAAUUGGGUUUUGGUAGCAGUGUGACAGAGGAUAUUUCAGAGUCCUUCUGUUGUAAUACCUUUACAAUCUCUGCAAUAAAGAGACACUUCAGUGUU